UUACUGUCUUUAAUUAACAAAAUAAAAUAUUUGAAACCAAAUAUAUUAGUGACUGCAAGUUAUUUGUUUUAUAAAUGUCUAAUUCACUAAGUAACAUUCAAAAUGGUGCGUGCCGAGUUUGUCUUAAUUCAGAAUGUUCUGACAACAUAUCUUUGGAGGAAGGCAGUGCCUGGUUGCGAACGUAUGAAUAUUGCAUUGGAUUACCAAUAAAUGAGGAUGACAUGUCUCGCAGAUUAUGCUCACCAUGUGCAAAAAGUAUAAAGAAAUUUGCAAAGUUUAAAAGAAAAUGCUUAAAAUCACAUAGACUAUGGAAAUCCCUUGUGGCUGAUAGAUCAAAAUGUAAAAGAAGUACAACCAAACUUAAUAUUAAAAUUGAUGAAUUAAAUGAAGUAAAAGAAGAAUUUUCUGAAAUUCCUGUUAAUUUGAAUGAUAAAAAGUUCACUGUUAGUCCUUGUAUGCCUGAAGAUCAAGACCAAAAAAUGUAUAUUGAAGAGGAAUCAAUUCAUGUUAAAGAUGAAAAUGAAAUCAAUUCUAUUUAUAAUGAUGAAGAUUUUGAUGCAUUUAGUAUUAAAAAUGAAGAUGAUGAACAUUUAGACAAAGUUGAUGUUAAGAAUGGCGAUAAUGAUAUUAAAGUAAAAAUAGAAAAAAGAAUAUCUAAGAAUAAUAUUGAAGAAAGAUUAAAAAGUGAUUUUAAUGGUCCUUUACAAUGUGAAGUGUGUAAAAAAAUAUACAAACACAAACAAAGCUUCUUAAAACAUAUUCAGAAACGUGCUUGUAAGUCAAAGAAGAAAUCAGCAGAUAAUGAUCUACCAAUUUGUCCAAAUUUUUAUUGUGGUAUAUGUGACAUGCAAUUUUCUGAAUCGGAACUUAUAAAUAAACAUAUAGAAGAGCAUAGAACAUAUAAUGAUUUGAGUUGCAAGAUUUGUGAUUUUAAAGGUAGAGACUUUGCUGAUAUGGUAACACACAGAUUCAGCCAUCAUCCGAGGGAAUAUAAAAUCAUUUACAGCUGCCACGUGUGUAACAGGAGAUCGCCGGCCCCCCUGCCUUUGCAGUUUCAUUACAGGUCGGCGCAUUUGAAGAAAAACGGCGGCAUGUGUACCGUCUGCAAUAAAAUAUUUCGUGUUUACAAAUUGUGGCGCAACCAUGAGCGAUUGCAUAAAGAAGAAACGAACAAGUACAUUUGCGACCAUUGUGGAAAAGAAUGCCUGUUUCGGCACGAAAUAAAGAUACAUCUAGCAAGCCACUUCAAUAUUAGAACGUUUAUAUGCGACACUUGUGGCAAGAGGUUCAAGCAGUUGAGAGGACUUAAACAUCACAUGGCCAGCGCUCACGUGACGAACCCAAUAAAAUGUACGCAUUGCAACAAAACAUUCAAACAUAAGUUUAGCCUUGAAAGUCAUAUGAAGUUGCUCGGUGGAGAAAAACCUUUCAAAUGCGAAGUUUGUUCUAAAUGUUUCUCGUCUACGUGGUAUUUGAAGAGCCAUAUGUUUUGGCACACCGGGGAGCGGCCGUUCCCCUGCCAACUCUGUGAGAAGCGGUUCAAAGCGAAGUGUCAACUCACAGUGCAUCUGAGACGGCAUAUGGGGAACUUGCCCUACAAAUGUUCUCAUUGCUCGAAGUGCUUCACAACAACCACACAGCGGAGAGUCCAUGAAAGUGUACACACAGGUAUUCGCAGACACAAAUGUCCGUAUUGCGAGAAAAGUUAUCAUUGCAAGAAGGUUAUGAGGGUGCAUUGCAAAACGCAACACAAUAUCGAAGUCGACUCUGGAGACGAGAAAAGGGAAAAUAGCGAAGUUGUCGACAAUAAAGUAAAAUAGUUAUACACUGGUCUUACAUAUAACUGGGUACUAUAUAUUUCGUGUAAAUGUACAACAACUUUUACGUAAUAACGCUACGUAAAUCUAUUUUUAGAUCACUUCAAAAAAGGAUAAGUACUGAUUUUUUUACUGUGUGUAAUCAUUUUCAUUAUUUUUUGGUCAAAAUAGGCUUUACUUGUAUUAUAAUAACAUAUCUAGUCGAAUUGAAAGCCUCCAUUUUUUUAUAUCUAAUGAACAAUUGUAUUGGCGAAGGUUUAUAGCAAUAGUGUCUAAGAAUAUUUGGCUUAGAUACUUAUUUUAUAGUGCAAUGAAUUCAAUUGUGUUCUUAAAAUUGUGCAAGAUAUAGGGUUAGUGUAUAAUAUAUAAAUACCACAGUAUGUUAACAUUAUAGUUUUUACGUCUAGUUAUAAUGCUUUAUAUCGAAAGAAGGAAAGGAUUGCACGAGUAGACCAGGAUUGUUAACUGUACCAGGAUUCUAGUGGGUGCGAGGAGAUCUUACGAGAUUUUGACCUAAGGAAAAUUAUUAUUAAAAUUCCUAAUUGCAGCUAUAUUUUUUUUUAUAAGUAUUGGCAAAAUUGUUUUGAAGUUGGCAACCCUGGAGUGGAGAUGCACCUCUCAAGGACUUGUACCUAGAGCCGUAAAUAUUAAUAAAAAAAAUAUGUACCUCUCGUCGAUUCUACAAAAUACUUAAGCGUUUUCAAAGUACUUCAUCAAUAAUACCAUCAAUACACUUUGACAUUAAUAUUCCUUUAUAUUAAUGUAUCACAUAGUUCCCACCAUUAAUUUAGUUUGUGAAAGUACCUAUUUAAAUUUUUGACUGUUAAGGAUGCCAAAGCCGUAAAACUACUUAAUAAAAAAAGACCUAUCUAUUAUAUCCGAAAGAUGCUGGACCUAAUGAUGACCUCGUGAUGACUUAUUAAAGAGCGUUUAUGCCAUUAUGGAAGUUUAUAUUAUGAAAUUGCUGACAAUUUUAAUUUGAAGCGGAUUAAAAACUACAGUUUUCAAUUAGGGAAGGCAAUUUAACAAUUACAAUUGUGCACAAAAUAACUUUACAUGUAACUGUACCUUUCAAGUGGUAUCUAUACAAUUUAAAUGACAUUACAUACAUAAUAAAAUAGCAGACGUUAAUUAGAUAUACUUAUUUCAUAUACAUU